CAGCAUUGUAUUUCAGUACUUGAGAAAGAUGAGUCUCAAGCCUUACUGGAGUGAAAUUCCCUUUACUUUUACAUAGAGAUUUGACUGAUGUAUGGAAUAACCUGUAUUUGAUGAAACUGCUCUUCAAGAGGGAGUGGGACAGACUGCAUAGUGGAUUUUUUGGCCAUAAAGUCAGCUUGAUGAAGGCAAGGUUUAAAGCCAAGUGAUCCAACCAUGACUGGCAAAACACAGACGAGCAAUGUCACCAAUAAGAACGACCCAAAGUCCAUCAACUCCAGAGUCUUCAUCGGUAAUCUGAACACAGCUAUUGUCAAAAAAGGUGACAUCGAAGCAAUCUUUGCAAAGUACGGGAAGAUCGUGGGCUGCUCGGUGCACAAAGGUUAUGCCUUCGUACAGUACAUGAGCGAGAGGCACGCCAGGGCCGCGGUGGCAGGAGAGAAUGCCAGGAUCAUUGCAGGGCAGCCACUAGAUAUCAACAUGGCAGGAGAACCAAAACCAUACAGACCAAAACCUGGCAACAAGAGGCCACUUUCAGCACUUUACAGACUUGAAUCAAAGGAGCCCUUCCUGUCCGUUGGUGGUUAUGUCUUUGAUUAUGAUUACUACAGAGAUGAUUUCUACAAUCGGUUGUUUGAUUACCAUGGCCGUGUCCCCCCACCGCCCCGUGCAGUGAUUCCACUCAAACGUCCUCGGGUGGCUGUGACAACAACUCGUAGAGGCAAAGGGGUUUUCUCCAUGAAGGGAACAUCACGGUCCACUUCAAGUGGGGCUUCUUCCUCAGGAUCCAAAUCACCCACCCGUCUUCCCCUGCCCCUUUUGUGGAGUGAUACUGUCCUUGGAAGCUUCACUGGAAGAGGAAGAGAAAGAUCAGUGAAAUCAGAUGAGUUGCAAACAAUCAAGAAAGAAUUAACUCAAAUCAAAACAAAAAUUGACUCCUUGUUAGGGAGACUGGAAAAGAUUGAAAAGCAGCAAAAAGCUGAAGCAGAAGCCCAAAAGAAACAAAUGGAAGAUAAUGCUGAUUUGAUUCAAGAGGAAUGCAUAUCAGAGAAUGCAGAUAACUCUACGGAAGAGCCAAUUGAAGGAGGGCCAGAUGCAGAUGGGGAUGGAGAAGAUAUGACUGAUGGGAUAGAGGAGGAUUUUGAUGAGGAUGGCAGCAAUGAGCUGUUUCUACAGAUCAAGUGAUGAAAUGUCAUGUGUGAACCCCCUGAAGGCUGUGAAGAGAAACUCUGACUUCCCCACAGAAAAUUGUGAACUGCAGUUUCUUACUGGCUGACAACAACUUUGACUCAAUUUGUAUGAAACUCAAUUUACUUAUUAAAAUGGACAUUAUUGUUCAGAUAUUAGAAACUCCAUUUCUUAUAUGUUCUAAGCUGUACAAUUGUCAGAUUUUUAUGGUUUAGAUUGUAAAUGUGGUUUUCUCUGGCUAAUUAUUGGUAUUAUUUUUUUAAUUUUGAUGUCUUAAAGGCCAAUGUACUGUAUCAUAAUAAUAUGAAGGACGUAUUUAACAGGUGUGGAAAACACUGUAUACAAAUGUAUAUUUCUAAAAGCUAUUUUUAUGAUUAGCACGUUUACUGUUUUACCAUAUUUAGAGUCAGGUGAUAUUGCACUUCUUUGUUUACCGCUUAGUUCAAACAAGACCAUUUUUAUCAGUGCCACAAUUAAAUGCAUUGUAUGGUA